AUGGCAAAUUCACUUCUUUACAUUGCAAUAGAUUUUGGGACAUCAUACAGUGGAUAUGCCUUUAGUUUUGCUAAAGACGUGAAAGAUACUGUUAGGGUGUCUUUGUGGACUACAGAAAAUGGUGAAAAAACCUCAAAAACCCCCACUUGCAUUUUGUUUGAUGAAGAAAAGAAGUUUCUGAAAUUUGGUUAUGAAGCCAUGUUGACAUACACACGGUCAACUACAAAAACACAGGCAAAAAAAGAGUUUCUAUUUGAACACUUCAAAAUGGUGCUCUAUGAUAAAGAAGUUAAUAGGAAUUUGAUGAUAACUGCAAAAAAUGGAGAACAGAUGAAAGCAAUGACCGUUUUUUCUGAGAGUCUGCAGUACUUAAAGGAUCAUGCACUUAAAAGGAUCGAAAUGAACACGUCAGAAAAGAGGUUCAUUGCAUCUGAUAUUACAUGGAUUUUGACUGUUCCUGCUAUCUGGCAUGCUGCAGCUAAACAGUUUAUGAGAGAAGCAGCUAUUGAGGCAGGUCUUGUGACAGAGUCUGAGCCUGAGCGGCUCAUCUUUGCCUUGGAGCCCGAGGCUGCAUCGGUUUACUGUAUGCAACUACCAAAGGAUGGCUUCAUAGCUGAGGAUUUCAGUACAGAUAGACUGAAACAGAGUCCUGGAACCCAGUACAUGGUUGUGGAUUGUGGAGGUGGUACUAUUGAUAUAACCGUACACGAGGUGGUGGAGGAAGGCCAUCUGAAGGAACUGCAUGCUGCAUCUGGGAAUGACAUGGGUGGACAGAGAGUAGAUGGGAAUGUCAUCUCAUUUCUAAAAGAUAUAUUCUCUGAGAAAAUAUUUGAUGAAUUUGAGCGAGAACACCCCACUGAACUACUCAAAUUGAAGUGUGAAAUUGCUAAUUUAAAAUCUUAUGACACAGAUGUGACAAUUUGGUGCCCAUUAAACUUGAAAGAAAUUGCCAAUAAAAGACACGGAAAGAGCAUGGAAAGUUACUUUAAAGGUGUUUGUGGAGCAAAAUGGGAAGAUGGUUCAAUCAUGAUUGAAGAACAACAAUUGAGAAGGUUUUUUGAUAGCAGUCUCAGGGCGAUUGAAACCAGCAUUAAACAUAUUGUGAAAAACACACAGCUGAACAUUGAGUACAUGCUGUUAGUUGGAGGAUAUUCUCAAAGUCCAACUCUGCUACAAUUUAUGCGCAAGCACUUUGGCUCUAAACACAAAAUUCUCUGCCCCGAUGCACCCCAGGUAGCAAUAUUAAAGGGAGCAAUCGCAUAUGGCAAGAAACCUACAGUGGUGAAAUCCCGCAUCUGUACUCUUACAUAUGGCUUUGAUACAUGUACACCCUUUAAUGAAUCAAUUCACAAAGGCAAGAGUAAAUACGUAAACAGCCUAGGAAAGGAGUACUGUGACGUUAUCUUUGAAAAGCUUAUUAGCAAAGGAGAGUCAGUCCUCUGCAAUGAGCUCAAAGUAUUCACCCGUUGGCCAGUUAAACCCAAACAAACGUCGAUGAAGUUCGGAUUUUACAGCACUACAAGACAAAAUGUCAUGUAUGUGGAUGAGUGGGGAGUGGAAUGUAUCGGAUCUCUCAUGGUUGGUAUGCCAAAUACUGACAAAGACAUGAGUCGUGAGGUCAGGUUAGAAGUACAGUUUGGCUCUACUGAAAUGAAGGCAACUGCAUCUGAUAUGGAAUCAGCUGAAACUAAAUCGGUUCAAUUUGACUUCAUGAGCAAGUAG